AUGGCUCAUCAAAUUAAUCCUCAUCAACAAAAACUAGCUGAGAAAUUAACGAUUCUCAAUGAUCGAGGUAUUGGAAUGUUAACGAGAAUAUUUAAUAUAAAAAAGGCUUGUGCAGAAACGAAAUCGAAACCAUCGUUUCUUCUUGACAAAAAUCUCGACUCGGUUCUUCGUCAGAUACAAAAGAAAUUUCCAGCUGUUGAUAAAAGUCAAUUUCAAACACUUACGUCGAUUAAAACAGAUAUUAUCAAAUCACUCGCAAUAUACUAUUUUACAUUUGUCGAUCUAUUAGAAUUCCGAGACCAUGUUACUGAUUUGUUAACAACGAUUGAUGCGUGCCAAGUUCACUUCGAUAUCGCAUUGAAUUACGAUUUGACAAAAUCCUACUUAGAGUUAAUCUCAACAUAUAUCUCAUUGAUGAUUCUUUUAUCCCGGGUAGAUGACCGCAAAGUCGUUCUUGGUCUUUAUAACAUAGCCACAGAUUUAACUCACGGACAUGGCGAUGCUAAUUUUCCUCGACUUGGUCAAAUGAUCAUCGACUACGAACAACCAUUACGUAAAUUACAUGAUGAAUUCGUUCCCCAUGUACGCUCAAUUGGCGACGCGAUACAAUCAUUAGGACCUAUCUACGAUCGUCGUACAUGCAAAGUUUCAGAAUGGCGAGCGAAAACUUUGCUCAGCUUAUUGUCUACACCACAAACAGCUCAUUUGAUGGAUACAUCAGAAACUUUACCUUGCGAAUAUCUCUCACAAGAAACAAUUGAACGUUGGAUUGUUUAUACAAUGAUUGUCUGUCCGCAGCAGUUGGUAACUAACUCCAAAUGUAUGCAGUUAUUCGAGAAAGCCUUAUCGAAUAGUUUCGUUCAUGUUCUCUACCGUGACGAACUGUUGUUGACACAUCAAUAUUUACAUCAAAAUUUGGAUAUUUACAAAUCCUAUCGACAAUUGAAAUUAACCGAACUUUUGAACGAAACAUUCAAAAGAGCCAUGACUGAUCAGCCGUUGUAUAGACGCGAAAGACGAAAGUAUAUUCGACCACAAUUGAAAGAACUAGCUCUGAUUUUUGCCGAUCAACCAGCACUGUUAGGUCCGAAGCUAUUAACUGCAUUUACAGCGUUAAGUUUAGCACGUGAUGAGAUUGUCUGGUUAUUACGACAUAGUGAAAAUUUCCCAUCAAAACUCCAGAAAGAAACAAACAAGAAGCAAGCAGGUACCACACGCGACGAUUACAGCGAUCGAACCUAUCCCGAGUUUUUGUUCUAUAUUGAGGAACUUCGUCAUUUGAUCACAACCUAUUCGUCGGUCAUCAAACAAUAUUACAUUGAAUGUUUAUCAACUUUGGAUUCAAAUGACUUACAAGCGAAUAUUAAAAACUUACAUAUGUCGUGUACAGAGGAUGAAUCGAUUCUAUUAACAUCCUUUUAUAACACAAUUACGACAUUGUCAACGACGGCCAGCGCAGAUCUACGCGCCUUGCGUCUAGAUUGGUUUCGUAUGCAGGCUUAUACAAGUGUAACGAAAAAAUCAUCAUUAUCAUUAAUCUCCUUGUCGCAUAAUGAACAUUUCGCUCAAAUCAUGAAUACAGUUUGUUUUCAUUCGAAAUGUGUCGACGAUUUGGAAACUUUAUUGUACGAAACGAGUGAUCUUUCGAUCUUCUACUUCUAUUUGACUCAAUUCGAUCAUUUAUUUUCAUCGUGCAUCUAUUACCCAUCACAGAUACGCUAUGCAAUUGCCUUUCCAUUGAUUUGUCAACAUUUCAUCAAUGCAACACAUGAGUUAUGUCCAGAAGAACGACAACAGAUCGGCGAUUUAAGUUUGAAGAGUGCUCAUGCUUUCAUUGACGAGAUAUGCAAGCAAAUCAAAAGUACAGUUUCGGAGAUCGCCAACGAAUAUUUUCUUAUGAACGAACAGCUUUUACCUAAGAAUGCGGUUAUUUCUCGCUUACGAAAAAAACUGCCUACUGAACAAUCAUCCAAAAAACAUGGCUCAUCUUCGAAACAUGACGCCACAAAUGGUUCCAAUGGUGUACCAGCGAAAAUCUCCUUACCAGGUGAUGAAUCGCGUCGAUCAAAUCGUCGUGAUAUGACCAAAACCGAUAAACUAAUGAUGGUACUAAACGAAUUAUGCUUUUCGAUCUCCUAUCGCAAACAAAUCACCAUAUGGGAACACAAAUUUUUACCCAAUGAAUAUCUAAUCUCCCAUUUAGAAAAUCGUUUCAACAAAUCCUUAUCUGAAAUGGUUAACUAUCGUCCGCCAGCGAUGGAAAUAGCCAAACCAUCAGAAUUAUUAUCGUCAGUUGAAUCCUACAUGGAUAUUUUAACUUUAGUAGAAUCUCACUGUCAAAUUGAUACAACACGAAUCUUCAAUGAAGUUCUCUUGCAACAAAGUCAACCAUUGGAUAGUGCUGGAAAUGAAACCAUCACCUCACUCUAUACACAUUGGUUUCUCGAAGUUCUUAUUAAACGUAUAACGAUGGGUACUAUUGUCUAUUCGCCUUUACGACGAUCGUUUGUUAGUAUUCACCAGCAAGAUUUAACAUUACCCUUCGAUCCCGAAGAAUAUGCGUCAUUCAAUGAACUACGAGCUUUAGUAGAGCUGAUUAAACCAUAUGGAUGUAAAUAUCUUUGCGAAAUGAUUCUCUAUCGUUGUGUUCAACAAAUUAAUGAAAUUCGUAAACUGACACAUAGUCAACGUGAUCUUCUCAAUAAUCUUCGUAUCAAUUUUGACAAGCCAGCACAAAUGAAGCUUUAUUUAAAACAACUUGAACAUGUUGACUUACUCUUACAACGUGUCAUACUCAUUGGAGUUCUCUUACAAUUGAAAAAUCUCGUUGAAGAAGCUCUUCAAGAUGUUCUACAUAAACGCAUGCCGUUUCUAAUGAUUACAUUAGAACAUUUCUAUGCGCAAUACAAAACAACGACAUUUUCCAACGAUCCGCAACAUCAUUUACUCAUCAACGAAAUGAUCUCAUCUACCGGAACAUCAACCAUGAUCGAUUCGACCUUAUGCCAAGCGUUAAUCAAUCAAAAGAACUCGUUAAACAACAAUACAAAUAAUUCCGAGCCGACAUCAGCAAAUCACGAAUCUGAAGAAUACAUCCUUUCAUGUUUAAUCAUGGUUUAUAUCGCUGUUGCUUUGCCACGUUUAGCAAGACUAGAAUCGACAAAAUACAUUGCCGCUCUGGACGCUCACGCGAACAACUGUCAUUGUUUAGUACGUGCAAUAAAUACAUUAAUAACAACCUUCUUUUUCGAGCAUGGUCAACGGCAUAUCGAAGAUCGUUGCAAAGAGUUUCUUGCUUUAGCAUCAUCAAGUUUACUUCGGUUGAUCGAUGUGGACAGCAGUCAAAAUAACAAAUAUUCAAAUACGAACACGAAUUCCGCAUCGAAUAAUUCCAAUGGUCUACCGAAUGAUGUCAUCCAUCGUGAAGCAACAUACAUCCUUUUGGAACAAUUUGUUAAUCAAUGUCCAUACUUAACACGUGAUCUACUUGAAACAUGUUUUCCAUCGAGUGUUUUACGUAAUGCAUUUUUUAUUAUUUCGACAUUGGAAACUAGUAUAAGCCCAUCGAACGUAUUAUUCCGAGUUUACUUGUAUCUGACAGCUUUUCUUGGUGAUCAUGUCGGCUGCAACUUAUAUUUAAUAACGGAUUCAUACAAUCGUUACAACUUCAACUUCAAAUCGAUUGCUAAGCCCUUAUUUCGGAUCAUCUGUCGACUUGUACCAUUCGAAAAUGUCACUGCAUUGACCUUAUCCGAUGAAGAUAAGACUCGUGGUCAAGUCGAAUUAUUUCUUUCGUUAUACAACAUUGAACAGUUUACUCGACUCGAAUCGUUAACUUUACUCGAAAUUGAUUACGAUUAUUUGAAUAGUUUCCUGAAACAUAUUGUAAAUUCUUCAGUAAAAUCACUUUCAAUCAGUGUUCCACCGAUGCAUACUUCUCAAAAAACGACUCCGCAACUGCUCUCGUCAGUGGUUGUUCAUCAUACUUUGAAGAAUCUCUAUAUGAGUAUCGGCGAGAAAGAAUGGCAUCAGAUAUCAUGGUCUACCAAUUGGAAGUUAAGGUAUCUUCGGCUGGUUAACAGUAUAACAUUUAAACAAUUUUGUCUUGUCCUUGACAACUAUCGUGGCUUACGAACUCUCGUUUUAAAAGAAAUAAAUAGUAAUUGUAGCGAGGACAAUUGGUAUUUCUCCCCAUUUAAGCAAUUAACAUCCUUAACGUUCGAAAAUGGCCGAAUUGACAUCAAUCAAAUAAAUCAAUGUCUUUCAUUUACACCUUCUCUUACUUAUUUGAAAAUAGUCGGCGAUGGGAAUCUGUUUAAUUCUUCAUUCGAUGGCUGUCAAUGGGAAAAUUUACUCCAAACAAGACUUGUUCAUAUCGAAAAAUUCGAAUUCUUCUUUGUUAUUUUAACAUAUAGUAACUAUCGUUCGAAAAACACGGAACUUCUCAUGCAAUCCUUUCACACACGAUUUUGGCUGGAGAAGCUCAAGUGUUCAAUCAUGUGUGAUUACAUUGCUAAUUCGCGGAAAAUUACCUUGUAUACUCUUCCAAUUUGCAAAACAUAUUUCGUUUAUGACAUCGAUUCGAAAAAAUCGUCUAUAUCAAACGUCGGUGCAAGUUUUAAUUCAUCAGAUAUGGAUAACGUGCAACGUUUAGAAUUACAAUUGACCAAAGAUGUCAAUAAGUUGGCAAUAGACAAGAACAUAUCUUCCAAUGUUUACUUGUUUCGUAAUGUGACGAGUCUCAUACUUGGUAAUGAUGGUGAAUGGCCAGAACGAUCUCUACGUUUCCUUUCGAAUACUCUCGAUUUUUCACGUCUUAUUAAGCUUUCGUUGUCAAUCAAUUUUCUUCCGAAACAAACACCGGACACCGUCGCGAAUAUCGAACGAUUACUCAAACAAGCACCGAAUCUUCGUUCGUUCUUGUUAUUGGAUUACUGGGGACCGGAUAACUUCAUGACACGUAUGGAAACCAUCUGUUCCAUGAUAUCACCGAACAUAAAACACUUACAAAUCCGGGUGAAAAAUCUGGAUGAUAUCAAAUAUAUUCUUGAGCACUUGAAACAUUUGACGAGUGUCACAUUCGAAUAUGCGCAGAUGUUGCAGAUUGAUUCGAAAGAAAUUAUGAAAUCAUUGUCUUGUCUGAAUCGAUCGAUUUCAUCAUGGAAUCAUCAACAGGCUCUACACAUUUGGCUUCAAAAUAAUCCCGCAAAUCUUUAG